AGAGGUAUUCUCUCCCGCGCCCCGUGGGCACGCCACCUGGGAGUUAGGAUGCAGGGGAGCGAGCCGGUGUCCACCAUGAAAGUGUCGGAGAGCGAAGGGAAGCUGGAGGGCCUGGCCUCCGCCGUGACUCCGAACAAGAACAGCAGCAACAGCAGCUGCGCGGGCGGCGGCGGCAGCAGCAGCAGCAGCCGCGGCGGCGGUGCCAAAGGCUGGCAGUACAGUGAUCACAUGGAAAAUGUCUAUGGCUACUUAAUGAAGUAUACCAACCUUGUCACAGGGUGGCAGUACAGGUUUUUUGUUUUGAAUAAUGAGGCUGGGCUGUUGGAGUACUUUGUGAAUGAACAGUCUAGAAAUCAGAAACCCAGAGGCACCUUGCAGCUUGCGGGUGCUGUGAUAUCACCCAGUGAUGAAGACUCACACACCUUCACUGUGAAUGCUGCAAGUGGGGAGCAGUAUAAACUCAGAGCCACAGAUGCUAAAGAGCGACAACAUUGGGUUAGCAGACUUCAGAUAUGUACACAGCAUCAUACUGAAGCUAUUGGGAAGAAUAAUCCUCCUCUGAAGUCCCGGAGCUUCUCACUUGCAUCUAGUGGUAAUUCGCCCAUAUCCCAGAGAAGACCAAGUCAAAACGCCAUUUCUUUUUUUAAUGUUGGACAUUCCAAACUACAGUCAGUGAGUAAAAGAGCUCACUUACCUCCAGACCAUCUUGUGGAAGUCAGAGAAAUGAUGUCUCAUGCUGAAGGACAACAGAGAGACCUAAUUAGGCGGAUUGAAUGCCUUCCUGCUUCUGGCCUUCUAAGUUCCUUGGACCAGGAUCUCUUAAUGCUCAAAGCGACUUCCAUGGCAACUAUGAACUGCUUAAAUGACUGCUUUCAAAUUCUCCAGUUACAGCACGCAUCACAUCAGAAGGGCUCUUUGCCUUCAGGAACGACAAUCGAGUGGUUAGAACCAAAGAUACCUUUAUCAAACCACUAUAAAAAUGAGGCUGAGCAGCCCUUCACAACUGAGCAGAGUAAGCCUGUGGCAGUCCCAGAAGAGCAGUCUGUUGCAGAAUCUGGACUAUUAGCAAGGGAACCAGAAGAAAUCAACACUGAUGAUGAGAUCGAGGACACCUGUGAGAACAAGGAGGAUGACUUGGGAGCUGUGGAAGAGCAGCGCAGUGUUAUUCUUCAUCUUCUGUCCCAGCUCAAGCUGGGCAUGGAUUUAACCAGAGUGGUGCUUCCUACAUUUAUCCUAGAGAAACGAUCCUUGCUGGAAAUGUAUGCAGAUUUUAUGUCUCAUCCAGACCUAUUUAUAGCCAUCACUAAUGGAGCCACAGCAGAAGACAGAAUGAUUCGUUUUGUUGAGUACUAUCUUACCUCAUUUCAUGAAGGCCGGAAAGGUGCCAUUGCUAAGAAACCAUACAAUCCUAUCAUUGGAGAAACAUUUCACUGUUCUUGGAGGAUGCCGAAAAGCGAGGUAGCAUCCAGUAUUGCUAGCAGUUCUUCCACCCAGGCAGUCACAAAUCAUGCUCCUCUGUCAGAAGAACCUUUGGGACAGGUGGGAUCAGACUAUUACACAGUCAGAUUUGUUGCCGAGCAGGUUUCCCAUCAUCCUCCAGUCUCAGGAUUUUAUGCAGAAUGUGCAGAAAGGAAGAUGUGUGUAAAUGCCCAUGUCUGGACUAAAAGCAAAUUCUUAGGCAUGUCAAUAGGUGUGACAAUGGUUGGAGAAGGUAUCCUCAGUCUGUUGGAGCAUGGAGAAGAGUAUACAUUCUCCCUACCUUGUGCAUACGCCCGGUCAAUUCUGACUGUUCCUUGGGUGGAACUAGGUGGCAAAGUCAGCGUCAACUGUGCAAAGACUGGGUAUUCAGCAAGCAUCACUUUCCAUACCAAGCCAUUUUAUGGUGGCAAACUGCACCGGGUGACCGCUGAGGUAAAGCACAACAUUACCAACACCGUGGUAUGCAGGGUGCAAGGGGAGUGGAAUAGUGUUCUGGAGUUCAUUUACAGCAAUGGAGAGACAAAGUAUGUGGACCUGACUAAAUUGACAGUGACAAAGAAGCGAGUAAGACCACUGGAGAAACAGGAUCCAUUUGAGUCCAGACGAUUAUGGAAAAAUGUGACAGAUUCACUGAGGGACUCUGAAAUUGAUAAGGCCACCGAGCAUAAACGUACUCUGGAAGAACGCCAGAGGACUGAAGAGAGGCAUCGUACUGAAACAGGAACACCCUGGAAAACCAAGUAUUUUACUAAAGAGGGAGAUGGCUGGGUUUAUCACAAGCCCCUUUGGAAAGUCAAUCCCACGACACAACCAGCAGAGUGACAGAUGCUCUCUCGCUGUAAGACUUGACCAAAUGAGAUUCUUCUCUGUUUACCCCAAACCCUCUCAGAUCGGAGUCCUUGCACUGAGUGACCUGUUUCCUGAUUGCACAGACUAAAAUUAGCUAAGCAGGAAUGUCCCUCUAGGGCACUGUAACACUGCAGCAAGACCAAAGUGUUAACAUAAUGGACGGGCCUCCUGGCAACCUGUUCAUUCGAUGUGAGCAAUACCAUCUUAAAACCUUUUACCUGAAUUAUUAGGUGGUUAAUCUUUUAUCCAGUUCCUGGUCCUCAAGCUGUUUGAAUCCUCUAUUUUGCACAGGGGCAGCAGAUACACACAAGGUGAGAACUCAGUGACUUUGAUUUCUUUGUAGUGAAAAGUGAAGUCUCUCUCAGAGUUUGUGUUUUGCUUUCUGUUCAUAACUGAAGUACACUACUCUUAUAAACCAACCAAGAGGAGGAAGAACAUGAUCCAGAAGUGGAUUCAGCCGUUGUGCCUGAAAAAAAAAAAUCAGUGUUAAUAUAUCACCAGGUUGUAGUAACAAGGCAUUUUGUUUCUUCAAAGACUAUGUGCCUGUGUCUGAGGAACUCAUCCAUUAUCCACCUCUGUUGGAACUCUCUUUUAAAAAGUAUAUUUAUAAAUCAAUUAGAAUUAUAACCAUGGAGAAUUUUUUCUUCUGACCAUUUUAAUAUACUUGAAAACAACAUUGACUUGAAAAGUUUCAGAACAUUUUUCACUACCUAGUUUUAUUAAAUAUUACAUGUAAGAGACAAUUUUUUAAGAUAUGUUCAUGUCAAUAUGAUGAGGUCUUGGCCUUUCUCAAGAACAAAGGCAUUCAAGAAAAUAGCAAAUAUUUUAAAGUAGAACUGUUUUUUUUUUUCUUAUCUUUUUUCCAUUUGUAGGUUAAUAGUCAGUAUUAUGUGUUAUCCAUCUGGAUAAAUUUGCUGUAUCUUACCUCUGUUCAUUCAAAAAUUAAAUGACUAUUCAUAUUUGUCAGUAAUUCAGUUAUAUAUGUGACUGAGCAUAUUUAAUCUUGGUUUUAGUUUUCUUUUCAAGAAAUUUAAAUGCAGAAGAAAGAGUGGAAAUAAAAAAAGAUCAGGAAGUUGCAUUCAGGUACAAAUCUUUUUUAAAUCAGUAUUUUAUUGAAGAGUUGCUGACAAUUAAAAAGAAUAGUGUGAAUUAUGGUUUUCAUCAUUCAUUCUAGUAUUUAUUGAGCACCUGUUUAAGGUGCUCAACACCUGUUACUGCAAGCUACCUUAAUUUCCCAAGAGUGGUGCCUUACUCUGUUUCUUCUGAUGUGGUCUUCCAAUCAGUGUGCGUAACUUGGACCUGUUAAUAAUCAACAGCCCUUUUAGAGGGCUGUGUCUCUCGCACCAUCAUAAGAACUGUAAGCUUUCUGCUCUCAAUUUUAUUUUGUUAGAGGGGCACUAUAGUAGAACAAAAACAGCAAAACAAUUUUUCAACAAAUUGUAAACUAUAAGAAAAAGAAUUGGUUUGUGAACAACCAUUUUAAUGAUUCGCUAUUCAUUUUUGCCGUGAAAUGCACUGAAAAAAUCUCAAAAUGAGCUAUAGUUCAUGUGUUGAGAAAAUUGAAAAUUAAUAAAAGUAGAGAACAUUGA